GCGACACGAACACUGCGGGUUUCAAUGCUACAGGAGCGCGGCUGGUUUUGGUGCAGAUGCGCUUCCAGCAGAGGGAGAAGGAGGAGGAGGAGGGUGAAUAGAGAGCAGCAGCGGCAGAAGGAGGAGGAGGAGGAGGAUGGCGCUCCGCUCACAUAACGGAAACAAGCGAGAUCAGCAAACCGAUUUCGGUCGCCCGUGUUGAUUUAAACAGCACGAUAUAUUGUACGGAUAUACACGGUGAAUCGAUCGCCUUUUAAUCACUGCUUCACAUGGCUGAUCGGCCUUCGAGCUCCUUUAGGCCCGGCUGGAGGCUGGAGGGGUAGCGUGCUAAGCUAAAGCCGCUGUGCUAGGCGCAGGGUUCGGAUGCACCCAGUGCUUUGUGCCGCUUUCUAGCAGGUUCCGAGAUGUAAACGUGCCUCCUUAUGAUCGUGGCGCAAAAAGCAGCCCGUGUUUGACUUUGUUUUUUUUUUGUUGCGGCGAUCUGGAGUUGAACCACCGUUCUGAAUUACUCAACAGCGGUGCGCACUUUCCGGACUGAUCGACCUUAUUCUCGACCCGAACUGAGAUGGAUAAACUGACCAUCAUAUCAGGGUGUCUCUUUCUGGCUGCAGAUAUAUUUGCCAUAGCCAGCGUUGCAAAUCCGGACUGGAUCAACACAGGCGAGUCAGCAGGUGCGCUGACUGUGGGUUUGGUAAGGCAGUGUCAGACCAUUCACGGAAGAGACAGGACCUGCAUCCCGCCUCGGUUGCCGCCCGAGUGGGUCACUACGCUCUUCUUCAUCAUCAUGGGCAUCAUCUCCCUCACGGUCACCUGCGGCCUGCUGGUGGCGUCGCACUGGCGCAGGGAAGCCACGAAGUACGCGCGGUGGAUCGCCUUUACGGGAAUGAUCCUGUUCUGCAUGGCGGCGCUCAUCUUCCCAAUCGGAUUCUACAUCAACGAAGUGGGCGGCCAACCCUACAAGCUGCCCAACAACACCGUGGUGGGCUCGUCCUACGUGCUCUUCGUCCUCUCCAUCUUCUUCACAAUAGUGGGGCUGCUGUUCGCGGGGAAGGUCUGCCUGCCCGGCUGAGGCGCUGCCUCCGAGGUCAGCCGGGGGACUCCGUGACCUCGUGUUAUUUUUGUUUUGUUUGUUUGUUUUGAUUUCAAAGAGGAACAGGAACGCAGGCGGACCAUCGGAAUCGGGGUGGAGAGACGCCAGAUAACCAAGGGACUCGCGAAAUGACGGGUCGGAAUCGGCCCGAGCUUAUCGUCUUUACGUUGCACUUCGGAAAGUCCGUCCGGAUACGAGCUGGAAAUGCUCUUCGCUCCUCGAGAACUGCUGGGAUGUUUAUGGAAUCCAUGCUUUGUUUCGUCCUGUACGGAUUCUUCCGCUCCUUCACUCCAGCCUUGUAAAGCUACGUCGGGAAUCUGCACGAGGCGAUCGGCGGCACCCAAGUGCCACUUCGAGUCCCCGUUGAACCAAUGAGACUGCAUACUGCAUACUGCAUACAAACACACAUUUUGAUAGAAACACUACAGAAGCACUAGGACUGCCGGUCAGGACCCUGUGAGGCCGUGCCUCACUCGUGCUUACUCGUCGUCCAGGAAACCUGUCGCGCGCGCAUCUAUGGAUCUCGUGAUCAUUAAGGUGGACUGUCAACCUGCCCUGAUGAGCCAAUCAGGCUUCAUCGGGUCAGUCUCGAAGCCGGAAAGAAAGUGAAUGCAUCUUUGCGAUCUUUACCUUUGUUCUGAUUCGUUUGGUGACUUUUCGUUAACGUGCCAUGAUUCUUUUCGUUGUCUCAGACUCUGUUCCAGGGAGCACUUGCAGUAUAGCCACCGCUGAUGUACAAAAAAAGAGACCUCCUUACCUCACUGUUUUUGUACUUCGAGUUUCGAGUUUCUUUGCUAACCAUGACCUUUUCGUUCCCUGUAAGUUAUAUCUCGCCCCGGUCAGAGACAUUCCCUAAAAAAAAUGCUGUGAUCGUUCGUGGAGAAUUAUUUAUCUGACACUGAAUAACAAGCGAGCGGACGAGCCGGACGACGUGUUCGGUUCUCGUUUCGUCCGAAUCCGUUCGGAAUUUAAACCGUUGUUUUCGAUUUUCAUGCCAUGUAUAUUUCCAAACCAAAUCUGUAUUGUUUGAAUUGUUUGAUGGUGGAUGUCUGAAAUGAAGGGUAAAGUUCUUUCCAGAAAACGUU